AGAGUGGUCCAUUGGCAAGUCAUAUUCGCUUAGGUGCCAAUGUGUGAGAAUGGUCUCUAACUAACAUUCAACUACAGUCUGUUGCCGGAAAGAAACACGUGUUGAGAUGAGGUUCAAAAAACGCUACCUCUUGUACGAGAUCGAGUCAUGUCACCAGUUCUAUUCCAACGAUAUCCUCUCGGCCAUCACGGAGGCUGUACAGACGGCUUAUGGAGACUACGGGAGGGCUGUCAUCCAGAAAGUAACUUAUGUCAAAUAUUUUGACAGCAACACCAACACCAUAAUAAUAGUGGUGCCGAGGAAACACUGUCUGAUGGUUCAGUCUGCCGUCUGCUUCAUCAAACUCAUCAAGAACAAGGAGGCGUCUUUGCGAUCCCUUCAUGUUGGAGGGACAAUAAAAUCUACAAAGAAGAGCCUGCUUGCUCAGCGUUACCAAGCGUUGCCUCGUGCGUUUCUGGAAUGUAAGAACAAAGAAGAGAGGGAGAAAGUUCAGGCCUCGAUCUUUGAGAGUUGUUCUGGAAAGCUUGAGUCCCAGAUAGAAGCCAGCGCCUACAAGCACCGAAAGAACACUGUGAAAACAACAACAUGAUCAUGUGAGGCUCAGCCUGGCGACGAGGAGUCCCUGCUACACAGGUGAUUGACCUGUUAGAAAUAGCAGCCAGAUUUCUGCCAACACAAACAACCUGCUGACUUGAAAAUAUGGUUGGGGUGGGGGGACACUGGACGGUGUACCUUAUAUGAUUGUAUGAGUUUGUGUGUGUGUGUGGUUUUAAAAUUGUUAUAACUUUCAUUGUAUUGUGUGUACAGGCUUUUUUUUUUUUUUUUGUAUACUAAGAAGGAAUGGAUGAAGAAUAUUUUUAUGUAAAGCAUUGAGGGGUAGGCAAAAGUGUUGCCCCUCAGAAAUGUACUUCCUUGGGACCAGUUCUUUCCUUAAAUCAACCAGCCAUGGAUGAUGGUAUCCAUUCGGUACAUCGUUCUCAAUAUAACUGCAAAGACAGUCUACAUCCUCAUCUUCAUCAUCAUCUCAAAUAAUUUCACCAUCGAAGGGCAUCUAGCAGUAGAAACUCUGCCAGAUCAAGAUUGGAGCCUGGUGCAGCCAUCUGGUUCGCCAGUCCUCAGUCAAAUCGUCCAACCCAUUCUAGCGUGGAAAGCGGACGUUAAAAGAUGAUGAUGAUGAUAUCUGCCUGAGUAAAUCCUUCAAAAUAAUCCUCUGAGUCAGAAUCUAACAAGACUCUGAGUCAGAAUCAAAUGCAGGAGUCACCAUUUUUGUUCAGUAAAAAUUCCAAAACAUUAAGUUCGAUUUCAAAGGUUUGUAUACAAACAAUGAAAAUGGAAGUUCAGCCUUGUUCUUAACCGAAGCCUGUUUAAAGUACCAGAAAUAAGCUUGGCGAUAUAUUUAUUUCAAGCACCUCUCCCAAGGGGACAAAAUGCCCCUGUACCUAUAGGGAAGAAAACUUGUGGGCAGCAAAAUUGCGAUAACAGCAGGGAGAAGGUUAAUCUGCAAAUAAAAAGUAUUUAUUCACCAA